AUGAGCAAAUCAGACGGUGAAGACUUUGGCUUGUCUAGCGAUGAUGAGGCGGAAUUGGCCGAGCUUGCAUCAACUAUUGAGGGAAACCUAACUGCUAAUCAAAAGCGCCCCAUUGAGCUUGAGCUUACGGAGCUACCAUCCUCCAAAAAGAUUAAACAAACAUACCCAACUACAUCUCCCCUCGCGAGAAAGGUGCUUCAGCGGAUCUGGAGAUACCCAGCAUUUCGUUUGAAGCAGGAAGAAGUUAUAUCAAGAUUGAUUGCCGGCGGGAGUGCAGUCGUUGUGUUCCCCACGGGAGGUGGAAAGAGUUUGGUUUAUCAAGUUCCAGCUCUGGCACUUGAUGAAUAUGAAGACAAUCAAGGGGGAGAAGUCAAAAGUGGCUUGACGCUAGUGAUCAGCCCAUUGAUUGCAUUGAUGAAGGACCAGGUUGACGCUUUAAAAGCCAGGGGUGUCAAAGCAGCGGCUAUCGAUUCCUCACAAACCCGGGAGUCUGUCCUGGAAACCUAUGACCUUCUCCGAAGGGGUGAACUAAAGCUCCUAUAUUGCGCCCCAGAGAGGCUCAAUAACGAAGGUUUCGUAGCCACAAUUAAACAUCUUCGGAUUCGACUUAUUGCCGUGGACGAAGCACAUUGCAUCUCCGAAUGGGGACAAGCGUUCCGCCCUGAUUACCUCAAAGUUGCACGAUUUGUGAAAGAAAUUGAGGCAGAAAGGGUCUUAUGUUUGACCGCUACAGCUACACCGCGUGUUGCUGCAGAUAUUUGUAAAGGAUUUGAUAUCCCGGAAGAUGGAUUAUUUAGGACUACUACCUAUAGAGAGAAUCUUGAGCUAUUGGCAGAGUCUUUUGGGACAGUUGAAGCGAAAAUGCCUAAACUCAAACAAUUCCUGAAGGAAAAUCCUGGUUCAACCAUCGUCUAUGUGACCAGUCAGGAUCAAACGCAAGAGAUUUCUAAAGAGUUAGUGGAGAGUGGUAUCCCCAGUUUGGCAUAUCAUGCCGGCAUGGAGGCGAAACAGCGAUUAGUGGUCCAGGAGAAAUUCAUGACUCAAAAAAACAUGACGAUUGUCGCCACAAUUGCGUUUGGUAUGGGCAUUGAUAAAGCGGAUAUCCGAAACAUUGUUCAUUACGACUUCCCGCGUAGUUUAGAAGGAUAUAGUCAAGAAAUCGGACGUGCAGGGCGUGAUAACCUGCCUGGUAAAUGCGCACUUUACCUCUGCGGCCGUGAUUGGCAGAAACGAGAGACAUUCUGCCGAGCUGAUCUGCCUAGUAAGAAGAGCAUCCAUGGUCUUCUGCACGAGCUCUUCAAUCGCAACGCUACAGCGGGAAAAGACGAUGUCAUAGAGGCAAGUCUUUAUCAACAAAGUAAAACAUGGGAUAUUAAGAUGACUACCCUAGGCCUGCUUUAUUCCCAACUAGAACUUCGUUUCGAGCUUCUGAGGGCAAUUACACCCAAGUACUCCAAGUAUACCUAUAAACCUUCCCCCCGCUACCACCGAGCCGUGUCAGAAGACUGUUUACUUGGCACUGCUAUAAUCACCACCUCUGGCGGCGGCAAAACCAUGAGGUUUGUGGACGUCGACUUGAUCAGUAAGCACUUUGGAUGCCCCCGUGAGGAGGUUGUUCGCAAGCUUCAGGGCUGGAGUGAUAAAGGUUACAUCGAACUUAAGCCCACCGGCGUAGUAAACAGAUACCGCGUAAUGAGGCCAUUUCCGAGGCAAAAGGAAGAUCGGGAGUCUUUGAUUAGCUCUAUAUACCAGCAAAUGGAACAUCGAGAAAUGGAGGACCUAAGAAGAAGUCAAGAGGUCAUUAACCUCAUUACUGGCCGGAAGUGCUUCGCUGCUGCCCUUGCCGACCAUUUCGGGGAUAAGAUUCCCGGCGGUAUAUGUGCCAAAUGCCAGUGGUGCAAAUCUGGAGUGAAGGUGGAGAUAGAUGAAUAUAACAGACUUAUGGACAUACCAAUUGAUCAAAAUAAGAUAAAGGCGGUAUUGGCAGCCACGGCCACCAGGGAUGAUCCGCGGUUUUUAGCUAAGAUUGCGUUUGGGAUAUCAAGCCCGAGAGUAGUGACGGAGAGCUGCGGGUCCAGAAACCCGGUGUUUGGAAGUAUGGCGGAUUGUAAUUUCGAAAAACUGGUUGAGGCCUUUUCUAAGUAUUGUAGCGAAGCGGCGAUAUGA